AUGUCUGUGCUAGGUCAAACCUGCUCAUCCACUGUGGAUGUGAUGGCUAAAGCUUCAGAAACCUGGCUUAAGUUGGCGCUGUCUCGUCGCGACAAGGCUGUUCCCUGUACUGGCGAUGCCCAAAACUUGGCCUCGCUUCUUACUUGUUUCUGGUGGAUGAUGAUGGCGGGUACGCGCCUCUUUCUGGAUUUCAAGAGGCUAGGCAACACGUGUGCCGUUGUUUCUCCAGCACACUUGAAGUUACGAUCGACCGCUGGCUGGGAUGUAGUUGCAUUGUACGGAGUGCGUGGGCCACUCUCGCUGAGAAUUUUGACAGAUCAACAAUCUAGAUGGCUGGCAAUGGUGGCGAUACUUUCAAGCUUCGUCCCUGGAACGAUAGGCAAAGGUAUCCGAGACUCCCAGCUUGACUUGCCUUCACACCGAAUCACAUCUCCAAGCGACACGUCUGUUGAUGGGGGUCCGAGCCUCGCCAUCUAUAGACGCACUCCAUACUCGACUCCAUCGCAAUCCUUGUCUGCUAGACGCCUGUUCUCAUACGGCCACCGCUUCCGUGUUUCCUUCCGGUUGCACCAUCUUAUGCCCAGCUGCUGUCGUGGGGAGUUGGGCAUCCUUCUCCAUCACGUCCAACGUGUAUCGUCGAAGGAAGCGCUGCCAGCCAUUGGACCCACAAUUGACAGGCGACGUGUUCCAACAAUGCCGCUCUGUCAUGUGCUGCUAAAUUCCGGGAUGACCUCAGCUGCAACCGAGCGACUGAUAGAGUUCGACCAGUCUGGGUUGGUUGACUGCACUUUCGUGGUUGGGUUGGGUAGCAAUGCCUAG